AUGGGGUUUUCUUACGCAAAAGCCAAGUUAAACACAUUCAACGCGCUCUCAUCUUUCUUUUCAAAGAAAAAUGUAGCUUUUGGUGCAGCUAAUAAUAGCCGGUUCGUGCCAAAUGGUUCUACAAUCUUGGGUUCAAACUUUUCAAGGUUUAGUGUGGUUCCUGCUGUGGGUUUGCUUGGAGUUGGGGGAGUGCAACGUAAUAUUCAUCAAACAUGUCGUUUUCUUCACGUCACAAGGAGAUUUUACCAAGCAAGAACAGUGUCGAAUUCACUGAAUUGGUCAAUGCAUGUACAAAGAUUGAUGAGAUUUUGUAGAAGAAAUUGGGUUGCUUUGUUCUUUGGUGGUUCUGUGGUUUGUACUACUAUUUGUUGUGCAAGAAUACAAAGAGUCCCAUACACAGGAAGGUUUCAUCUUGCUCUCAUUGAAAACAUCGAGGAUAAGUUAGGAGAGUAUCAGUGGCAGGAGUUUGAGAAGGAAAACAAAGGAAAUUUACUCCCUCUGUCAGACCCUAGAACUAUUCGGGUACAAUCUGUAGCAACAAAGAUCAUUGCUGCAAUGAAUAGUGGGUUAAGGCUUGGAACUGAGUUCAAGAUCAAUGGCCAUUUAGGUGCAAGAAGAGAUUUUGGAGAUAGAGCGGCACAAUAUUUUGGUUUUAAAGAUGCUCUUGCUGAAGCAGGGUUUAAGCAUAGCAAAAAGCGGGAUCGAAACUUUAUAUGGAAACCUGCUACUAAACAUUUGAACCAAAGAAAUUGGGAAGUGUAUGUGCUUAAUACUCCAGAAAUUAAUGCUUCCUGUCACCUUGGUGGAAGGAUUGUUGUUUGCAAUGGGUUGCUUGAUGUUGUAGACAAUGAUGCAGAGUUAGCAACUAUUAUUGGGCAUGAGGUUGGGCAUGCUGUGGCUAGGCAUAUAGCAGAAGGUAUUGUGAGGCUUUUCUUGAUGCUUUCCGCUCUGAUUGCUCUUAUUUAUGCUCUUAUAAAUGGCGAUUCAACUUCAAGAGGAAAUGUGGAUGGUCUUGCAAAGCUUCAAGAUAUGUUUACCAAUUUUAUGAGCAGGAGGAGAGAAGCGGAAGCAGAUUACAUUGGGCUAAUGUUAAUGGCAUCUGCUGGAUAUAACCCUCAAGUGGCACCCAUAGUAUAUGAGAGGAAGCUUGGUGGCGAGGGUGGUAUCCAAUCGACUCACCCAUCUGGAAUAAAGAGGGCUAAACUGCUACAGAAACCCAAAGUAAUGAACAAUGCGUUGGCUGUGUACGAGGAAGUGAAAGGUGGUGAGGGGGUGAGAAGCUUUGUUUAGAAUGCUUUUGUAAUGG